AUGGGAAAAUCGAAAAAUUCGAAGAUCAUUAGUGAAGCAGAGCCAUUAGUUGCGUCUAAAAAUAAGAGCAAUGGUAUUAAUGCGUAUAUUCUGGUUUCCUUGGCAUUUCUCCAAAUGCUUGUAAGCUCAGGUAUCAUUCUUGGUUGGCAGUCUUUAGCGAAUAUAAUUAAAGAUAAUGGAACAUACAGAUUUCUUUGUGAAGAUCCAUCUCUUCCUUGUGUAGAGGAAGAAGUGUAUUUGGCAAAUCUUAUGACUAUUUCUCAAUCCAUUCAAAUGUUUUCUGUAUUAUUCUUAAGUAUUAUGAUGGAUUUCAUUGGGCCAAAAUUCAUGGCAGUUUGCCAGUUUAUUACUGCAUUAGGUACAUUUAUGAUUGCAGUUGGUGACCCAAAAGGCACAGUUGAUUAUAUUUGGCUUGGUGCCAUUUUACAAAAUUUGUGUGGUUGCAUUUAUAUCCCAUCUUUCAUUCAUUUAUCAAAUCUUUUUCCCAAAGGUAGAGCUGUUGUCGCAUCUACAUUCUCAACAUUGUAUGGUUUUUCAUCUCUUACCUUCCUUGCUAUACAAAUAAUCCAUUCUCACUUUCAAACUACACUAAAAGCAUCACUCCUUCCUCUAGCUCUCAUUCAAACAUUCUUUGUUUUGUUCAGUUUACUCCUUCCGAACAAAAUUAUUCAUUUAGGAGAUACUUGUGGUUUUUCAUUAAAAAAGUAUGGCUUUUAUUCCAUUCAAAGUACCUCUAACGAAAGUAACUCUGAAAAUCACAUCAGUAUCGUCGACAAUCAUGCCAAAGAAAGAAACUCCAGUUUCAUUGAAUCUAAGAUUAAGCCUUUAUUAAAGUCCAUUUUCUCCAAAAUGUUUGUAGUUCAAUUCCUCUUAGAAUUACUUGUAGUAGUUUCAGUCAACUUUUAUGUAUCAACCCUCUCAUUACAAAUAGAGGAGCUCAGUGGCUUAAGCUCAAUUGAGGAGAGAAAAAAACUUGGAUAUCACUGGUCAACUAUAUUUACAACCAUUUCUCCAUUUGGUUCAAUUGUUGGUGUAUUGGAAGGCUAUUUAGUUGAUAAAUAUGGAUUAUGGAAAUCAUCACUUGUUCCAAUCAUACUUUUAGUUCUUUGUGCAUCAUUUAAAUUGGUGCCAAAUGUUCCAUUCCAAUUACUUACUUUCAUUGCAUAUACAACCAGCCAAGAAGCUGUAUUUAGUUCAGCUUACUCUCUUUUUACUUUGGCAAUACCUACCGAUGUUAUUUGUACUUUUGCUGGAGUAAACCUAUUAUUACAGUCAUUCCCUGUAGGAUAUCUUCCUCAGUACUUGAUUUCAUUAUUUAGUCAAUAUGGGUGGACUUUCCGAGAGAUCAACUUUAUGCUUAUUUCUCCAACAAUUAUUGUAGGAGUCAUUUACGUCAAAUUCUUAUAUACUCUCGAAAAAAAGUCUAAAGCAAUUAUGAGUGAAACACAUUAG